CAUCGGCCUCGGUUGCCGCCGCCAGCCAGGUCACUCUCGGGUGACUUACGUAAACGCGGGAACGCUCCGCGCCUAUACGUCCUGCCGGGGUCGUCCGUCAGCCAGACACUCGCGGCGACGUCUGCUGACCGGAGGAGGGACCAGCGCUCGGACUUCGACGUGACGAGCCGUCGCCCCCUGGAUUAGACGGCUUCUUCUUCUUCUUCCUCCACUUCAUCGCGCUCCUCGGCUUCUUGCCGACGACGACGCCGCGCCACGCACGCAGAUGUUGCACGACUGGACACCGCUGACGCAGUGACGGGCGCGGCGCCCCGGACGGGACGGCCGGAGCAGCGAUCGGCGUCGGACCCCCUGGGGAUUUUUUCGGAGGGCGCACCGGCCGGAAGCGGCGCCAACAAUCGCAGCCACGUCGGUCCCCCGUCGCGCUAGAUGUGUGCCCAGGGAGCGUGAUUAUUGUGCGUGCGUGUGUCGUGGCAGCACUCCACCCUCCACGGCGUGCGCUGGCUGCGGAGUGAGGCGAGGAAGGAGCGAGAAAAACGAACGAAAAGCAGUGACCGGUCACCUCUUCCGCUGACCGAUUGUGCGCGGGUUGCUGCUGCCUGCAGAGCGGCGGCCCUCGGUCAUUGGCUGAACUCCGGGUUCCUUCGUGCAGUGUGUGGCUGUCUGUGCCCGCGCGUGAGUGCGUGCGUGCGUGAGUGUACGUGGCGCUCCCUCCCACUGCACAAACCGUUCGCGUGCGCGUUUCAAGCUGCAGUGUUAGCUUUUGCUCACCGGGCAGACAGAGGGAGAGGGGGGGUGGACACCGGGAUCGUGCGCGCGAGCGUUCAGGCGCGAGCGGCGGCAGUCAAACGGCGACACAAACGCUUUGGAAAUGAAGAAAAGGCGAGGGAGCGACCCACACAUCUGUCGUCGUUCGGCGCUAAAUUUAGAGCCCGGGUCCUCGUGGCCCUGGUGAAUCCCCGGUGGCUGCCGCGGCGGCAGCGGGUGGCGGCGGCCGCAAAGAGCCUCGGAAGAGUUGGCGCCCCGCACGCGCCACUUUGGCUCCGGCGACCGACGGUGUGCCCCAGGUAUUAGCCCAAGCUCGGCUGGACUGAGAAAGAGGCUGCGUCGAAACGGAUGCCACUCUGCGAUCGACGCUGACGCCGUACGUUGUCCGGUGCGCGCGGGUCCGCGCCCUCCUCUCCGGGACGGUGCUGCGGCGGUUCCCCGUGGCAAGCCGAGAAGGUGUACGCGCGCCGUGACGGCAGCGCGAUGCUCACGGCCUCGGCUCCUCCGAUCAGCAGCAGCAGCGGUUCGUCAUGACCUCGUACUUCGGCAACCUCAGCCCGGGCGCGACGGGCUGGCCCACCGGCACCCAGGACCCGCACCCGUACGCUGCCUCCAAGUACUCGGGCGCGCCGGCGGGUUACGUCGACGCACCCGGAGCCCACCACCACCACCACCAGUACGCGGCGGCUGCGGCGGCGGCGGCGGCAGCCGCGGCAUCGGCGACCUUCGGCUCCGCCGGCCGCUACCCGUACUCGGGCCGCUUUGACGCGGCGCCCAAGGGACUCGGCUACGACGCUCACCAGCACGCGACGUCGCCCCCGCACCCCCACCAUCACCACCAUGGUCAUCCGCAGCACGCUCACCACCAGCCCCUGGGCUUGCCACCCUCUCACCACCCCCAUCAUCACGCCAUGCUGCCGCAGCAACAGCAGCAGCAACCCGGGACCGCCUGCUACGAGCCACCCAACGUCGGUCCCUACUACUCGGCCGCUGUUCCCGCCAGGCCUCCACCCGAGUCGCACGCCCACGUGGCCCCGACGUCGGCGGCGAUCGCGUCCAAGGAGUACGGCAAGCCGGCGAGCAGCGUCUCCCCGUUCGCUGCCAUCGCCAAGCAGCAGCAACAGCCUCAGCAGCAGCCGCAGUUCCCGAGCCAGAGCUCGGCGGCGUCGAGUCCCGUGGCUGCGACGCCCGGCAGCAACGGUGCGGGUUCGCAGCCCGAAGGCAACGGGCCCGGGACGCCCGAGAGCUACGCGGGGAGCGCCGGCAGCGCGGAGCCGGUUUCCGGGAACGAGCGCCAGGGGUCUCCCGCCAACGCGCAGUCGCCGAGCAAGACGGAGAACUUCUACCCUUGGAUGAAGUCGUACUCAGAUUCCUCGCAAGGACCCAAGAGGACGCGGCAGACGUACACCCGAUACCAGACCCUGGAGCUGGAGAAGGAAUUCCACUUCAACCGCUACUUGACACGGCGUCGGAGGAUAGAGAUCGCGCACGCUCUGGGCCUCACCGAGCGUCAGAUCAAGAUCUGGUUCCAGAAUCGGCGCAUGAAGGCCAAGAAGGAGAACAAGCUUCAAGGGGGACUUCUCGUCCCUAAGCCUGGAAACGAACUUGUCAGUGUACUUCAGGACUCCAAGGGGCUCGGGGCUACCAUGUUGGACAGUGUUGUCUACAGCUGAAGAGUACAUGCGCGGUCGGUGCGACAUCGCGCGGCGUGACGCAUUUCGAUGUGCACGCGCGCGGGUUGUGUGUGUGUGUAUCAGUGUCAAGUCAGUGUACAUUUUCAUCGUCGUUACUACGUCAAGCAUCUUUCUCGCGAAACGCAGGAACCGCGAGAGUGACCGUGCGAGUCUCACAGCAGAGGUCUCUUGUGUCGAUGCACCGCGUACCGCUGGCGGGCAAAGUACAAACCAUACGCCAUUGAUCACUGCAACACUUAUCGCACUUGUAGUUAGAAGUGCUCUGAACCACCAUCGGACCUCCCGUUAAUAUCCAUAUAUAAAAAAAAAACUUCAAGAAGGAAAGAAAAUACAACGCAGAAGCAGAGACAACGUAUCUCCUUAUACUACACACAUCUUAUGGGAACGAACAGUACCUGGCACGACAACAGCUCGGCGUGUUGUUCGAAGUCAACGCGCGAAGCUUGCAGCCAGAAGCAGGUAAACAAGGAAAAGGAUGCCUCAGGGAAAGUCGCGUGUGCGAUGGAGAUAUGUUCGCCAAAUGUUGUGCGUGCAACUUGCCCCGCGCGCGUUAAACGAAAGCACACUAGCGGAAAUAAAAAAGAGAAAAGAAUGUCGUCGCGAAGAUGGGCCACGCUCACCUUGAAAACCGAACCGCAAGUUGACAGUCGGGCUCCGCUAAUUUAUUGCCCUGUCCUAUCUUCGGCGAGGGCCGCGCGAGCGCGCAUGGGGGAAAGAACGGUGUGACGCGCCUCGCUUCGAGCGGCGUGACAACGGUCCUAAAGGGUGCCUCUUUUUGGGACGUUUUCAGCGCCCUUUCAAGGCGCCCCCAAAACGACUCGGCCGACGACGCACUGUCCUCCGAAUGGGACGGGACGAAAGCCGUAAAACGGCGCGGCACCCUCGGUCGCGGGACGAUUUUUCAUAUCUGCUGGCCGACCACAAAGGCGCGGGCGUGCCCGAGGAAGGCACACAUGUGGCCAUACGGUGCUCGCAUAUAGAUAGCGCAGCCGACGGGGCGCCUCAAGAGUCAGGUGGUGGUCGCCAUCGCCGCUGGCGCGAUGGGCGCCUCUGGGACCGUUUUUCUUUCUCGCAGGGGGUCCCUCUCUCCCUCCCGCUCACGUGCGUGCCGCGCGCUGAUGGUCUUAUGACACUCGACGACCAUUGUCUUGCGACCCGGCGCUCGUCUUUGGGAACCAUUACCGAGAGCGGGGGCCGCGAGCGACGCUCGCCGAAACCGUCGGCGCGGGAAGACCUUUCCUGCGCGGCGUCUUGGAUGCGCGCGGCAACAAAGAAGUCCGCAUUCGUCUCGCCAUUUAGUGACCCAUUUAAGAGGGCCCCCCUCGAGAAAGGGCUGGAUGGUCCCCCCCUGGGAGUCACCCCUUCUGGCCGAUUCCCAGGACGGGGUGUCUUCUCGGGGCCGCGAGGGAAGUGCUUCUCCGCUGGUCGCUCUUCGCGUGCCUAAUUGCUGAAAAAAAGGGGGGUGGAAGGAUGCUCGAACGCACAAAGAACGGGACGACGACGGCCAAGAGCACAGCCUGGUGGUGGUCCUUGCCGCCGCGAACGCGAGGAAAAAGCUCCCCAGAAGCGCCUCCGUCCGAGCGGAAACCGUGCAACGUUCGUGCCGGUGCUGCGCGCAGUGUGCUGUCAGUGUUCAGAUGUGCUUGCUGCCGGUGACGACUACGGCUCCGGUCGGAUGUGAGACCAACUGCCCGCGAUCGUAAGCCGCUUUGAAUGUUAUACCACGUAGGUGUUUGUGUGUGUUUGCCGCGGCGAUGUGUUUUUGGUGUGGUGUUAGCGUAUGCGUCUUGUACUCAAGGUAAGGUUAAGCCAUUGCAGAGGGACACUUGGAUGCGCAGGCGCGUAUGCUAUACUUUUUGUUCCUAUAGAUGGGAGGUAAAAAGUGUUAUCGCAACCCUACCCCCCCUCUUCUUAGUGAUUUAUCAUGCGGUGCUUGUCAACUCAGCACCGUCAUAGGGUUUGUGAUGCACAUGUAUACGUAUUUUAUUUAUAUCUUCUGCGUGUGUUUCAGUGUACAGAUUUUCGUGGCUUCAUAUAAAAAAAUGAAAUCAUUUCCACAACCUAUAAAGGUAAAUGCGCCUUU